AUGUUUGUGUUUUUGUGUUUUUGUGUUUUUCAGUAUCUCCAGAAGCUGUUCAGCGACGCUCCGGGGUUGGACGCGUUCGGCGAGCAGCUGUUCGAGUACAACGAAGUGGUUCAGAUUCCGCUUCAGCCUUUGAUGGACAAUUUGCAGAACGCGACGUACGACGUGUUCGAAAAGGACCGGAUGAAAUACUAUUUCGUAGAGAGCGUGGAGAGGGACUCUUGCAUCCUUCCAUCCCGAUCGAACGUUUUCUCUUCUCUUUCCCUUUCAUUCGCAGCUCGAAUCGUGAUCACGCUCGUCGGAGCGGGACGAGGACCGCUGAUCGUGUGUUCUCUGAACGCUGCGAAGCGAACGAGGCGAGAAAUCGUCGUCUACGCGAUCGAGAAAAACCCGAACGCCAUUCAGACGCUGAGAGCGAUGCACAAACAGCUGCAAUGGGGCGAGAGAGUGCACAUCGUGGAAGCGGACAUGCGGCUUUAUCAGCCGGAAUACUACAGCGAUGUCAUUCUUUCGGAGUUGUUAGGCUCGUUUGCGGAUAACGAGCUGAGCCCUGAGUGUCUGAUCGGCGCUCAGCGCUUUUUGUUGGCUGGAGGCUUGUUUGUUCCACACAAUUCCACGAGCUUGAUGGCUUGCUGUAUGUCGACAAAGAUUUACGAAAAUGUUAUCCGAAAAGUCAGUCCACUCCUCGUUUCCAAACCACUCGAGGCUACCUACGUGGUGAAGAUCCACGCUGCUGCGUUGCUAAGUGAUGUGCAGCCCGUUUUCACAUUCCACCAUCCAGACCAGCGAAAUGGCGAUUUCCGAUGCUUCAAGCAAGUCAUAUUACAUGUACAGAUGGAUGGAAUCGUGCACGGAUUCUCGGGAUACUUUGAAAGUGAUCUCUCGGACCAUGUAAAGCUUUCGAUUGCUCCAGAGAGCCAUUCGAUGAAUUUGGUAAGUUGGUUCCCUCUGUUUAUUCCCAUCGAUACACCCUUUUAUGUCCAUAAAGGAGAGCGUGUCGUGGUGAAUUUAUGGAGACGAACAGACAAGAAGCGCGUGUGGUAUGAAUGGGCAGUCGUUUCUCCGAUCCAAACCCAAAUCCACAACGUGAAUGGUCGUGGACAGUGGAUUGGUCUCUAA